AAUUCAUGCUAGCUCCCCUCCCCUCGUAGCAUCUUCUUUUCGCCCUCUUUUCCUGAGUCACUGCGCUGAACCCGUGGACUCCUGUCUCCUCUGGUGGAAAAUACUCGAUGGCCGAGGUGGCUCCAAGCCGUGUUGACGUGACAGAGCUGUCAGAGGUGCUGCGGGAUAAGGAGCGCCGUGCACAGCAGCAGCUGGAGCGCUUCGCCGAAGAACGAGGGCGGAAGAUGGAGAAACAGAAGAAGAAGGAGCAUCAGCGCCGGGCUGCAGUCGAGGAGAAGAGAAGACAGCAACAAGAGGCAGAACAGGAGAGGCUGGAGGCCCUGGUGCGCCGGAGAGCUGGGGGUGCUGACAGACGAGGGGGAGGAGGAGAAGGAGGUGGAGGGGAGGCCCGCGACCACCUGGACAACAGACCUAAACGAUGGACAUGGGGAGGGCCGCCUGAAGGUGUGGAGGGUAACCCUAAGACCCCGCCCCGCAUUGCCAUUGGCUCCACUCAGCCCAAUGAGCUUCCUGCUGCUUCCAGUGCCAGCCAAUCCCGUAACGCUGUUGACUUCCUGUCUCCACCUGCAAUGGAUCAGCCAAUCAACAAACAGCUUUCCAACUCCUCAGCCACCAUUCACUCACCAGAGAGAGCUUCCCCCAACAACCACAGACCGUGCAGGAGUUCCUCCAACCGCAGGAGCAUCGCUGGAUUCCCUGAAGAGAUGUCCAGAGCCAAAACACCCACGGGGGAGCCACCAAACACACCAGUUCGCAGUUCUUCCUUCAAGGCCAACAGCAAGGGCCUCGCCACACCAAAACGAGUAAGGUCCAACCGGAGUCGUGCUCAGUCUCCCUGCUCACCUGGACAGUAUCCACCCUCCCCACACCGGCAGAGAGCCACCACCCCCGGCAAUGAUGACAGGGGUUACACUGAGGUCAAGGGUCACAGCACCCUGGAGAGGAAAUCCACCAAAUCAGAGACCUCCGACAAAAAGAUUCCCAAAUCCACCAGCAGAGAUUUGACCGCAGAGUCUCCGGGCACUCCCACAAGCAGGAGUGUUGGUGGGACAAUGGAUGCUGAGGAAGCGUCCAGACUGUUAGCUGAAAGGCGCCGCCUGGCCCGUAUACAGAAGGAGCAGGAGGAAAGACAACGGCAGGAGGAGGAAAGGCUGAGGGCAGAGGAGGAGCAGAGGAGGCUGCAGGAGGAGAGAGAGCGACAGGAGAGAGCAGCGCUGCAAGCUGAGGAGGAGAGACUGAGGCGGGAGGAGGAGAGAAGGAGCAGGGACGAGGAGGAGAGACGACAGAAGGAGCAGCGAUGGAAGGACAUGCAGGAUCAGCUGGACAAAGAGAGGGAAGAGGCCUUUCUGAGAGCCCAUAAAGAGGCAGAGAGGAAGAGACAGGAGAGAGAGCUGCUACACCUCCAGGAGGAGCAGGAGAGGCAGCAGAGGAAGAAGAGAAUUGAGGAGAUCAUGAAGAGAACGAGGAAGAGUGAAGUGGAUCCUCCAUCUGCUGCCUCUGUAUCUGAGAUGAGAGCUGAAGCUGCCCUGGAUGAAGAUGCUCCAACCCCUGCAGAGCCACCUAUUAUCAUGCUAGGACCUCUGGAAAACAAGAGCUGUGUGGACGAGCUGUCUGAUGGAGUGCAGUCCAUGGACGUCAGCUCUCCAUCUGUCUCCAUCAGUCCAGUGUCCAGGGAGGAGCAGGCGAGCGCUCAGGAGUUUUCUCCGGUCACUGAGGGCACAGAUGGCUGCCCGCUGGAGCACCUGAUGGACCUCGAUGCCCAGGGACAAGGACUGCGUCAGGGCCCGGAAAUGCCACCGUACCCCAAAUUGCAGGCCGGCAGUGGGGUGGGAGACCACAACAAGAACCUGCUGAUUCAAGCGUACAGCGGCGCCUCUGAGUCCUCUCAACUCAUCCACAGUGGCAGCCCGAGCAAGCUGGACAUCCAGUAGUCAGGACCGUUUCCAGGAGCUUGCAGUUAGAAAUAGGAGCCAGGAGAAUCAGACCAAGAAACCAUCACGUCCAUCUGCAGCAACAGCAAUCAUCAUCUCCUCAAGGAACAACUGCUCAACGCCAGAUUUCUCUUCUGUAUUACUAAACCACACAUAACUGUUAAGCUUUUCGCCACAUUGUGAGGCAGUGCAGAUGGGCAAUUUUGUCUCUCAGAAACAAAGAAUGCAAAUGAUGUAAAGUGUAUAUAUACGACAUGAGUAUGAUACAGAUAAACACUGUCAUUACCAUGUGUGUCAUACAGAAAGGUUGCUGUUAAGCCUCUUAGUGGGUCAUGUUUAUUAAACUGAAAACUAAGACCUUGUUCUGACUAUAAACCUUAUAUGCACUGUAGUUAAAUAUCACCUCAUUAACACACAAUUUAUUUAAAUUUUCAGCUUCUUAUUCCAGUACACCUGUUCCUGCCGAGGCAAGCAUUGCCCAGCUGCAUUACCAUUAAACUUCACUCGAUUGUCACCUGCUUUAACGUUUCAUCCCUGCUUUUGUAAAACUGUAAAUAGAUGGGAACGGAGUCUGUCGCUGUAGGGCCAGGAAGCAGCUCUGUAGCAGUCCAUCCAGAGGGGAGAGUGUGUGAAUCCUGUGUAGCAUCUUGAGCUAGUGGAGCUGUUUUAUGGUUGUGGUUGUAGCUGUGUACUUGGGAGUUUCUCUUUUUCUGUCAGUGUUUCUGGUGGUUUCUGUGUGUUUAUCCCACCACUGACACAGACUCCUGGGACAGCUGGAGAAACCCUCAACAACUGAUAUUAUAAGCCUGUUGUGCGCCCCUAACUACUAGCUUUUAGCCUUGGUUUCUCUGCUGCUCAUUGUUCAAUUUGAUUGAUGGAUGCAUUUGUGGACUAGAAAUUAUCUACAGCAGGAUAUUAAUAUAGCCACUGGAGAAAAGAGUAAAAAGCUAAAUGCCUGUAUUUUUAUCUGGAGAUUUGGAAAAUGUUAACACAGUGUGUUGUGUAGUUGUCUGGCGCUGACCGUAAGCACGCGAGCUUCAGUUUAUGCACAGUAGUUUUGUGUUUCAUUGAUCUGAAGACAUCUUCACCUCAGCUUAUCCCCCGGGCCAUAAUAAAUAUACCUCACCAAAUAAAAACAGACUGGGGUCAAACAGCUUUCACCAUCUUACACUUUAUCACCUCUCAGGCCUUAAACUUUGAUGGAUUCAGCAUCUUACCUUCUAACAGCCAUCUUCUGUGCUUCAGCCUCUUGCAUGUACAAGGCCCAUUUCCACCAAAAGGAACAAGAGAAACGAGAACUCAGAUUAAUGUAUUUCAAGAGCACUAGUUUUGUUGCUUUUCAGCUGCACCUGAUAAGGCAGAUUAGAUGGAACUGGGGUUAAAAUGGCCACUGUUUGGCAUGGGUCCCGUCAAAUACCACACCCACCACAUACCAAUUAAACUGAUGAAAAAAAUUUCUUAAAAUUUUAAGCAAAAUUAUAUUUUCAAUCAGGCUGAUUUAUAUAACACCAAUACCACGCCUACAGAGGACUUAAAAGUUUUUACUAUAAUUGACCUGCUACCAACCAAGUUGAAUUUACAUUCUGUUAAUACAACUACAAACAAGUUUAUAGUGGGUGAAUAAAUGGUGUUUAUUCUUCUAUUAAUCUGUUUAAACAAUGCUAAGAAACUUGUGGUUUGGAAUAUAUCCUAAAAAACUGGAUCUAGGUGCAGCUGGGUACUUGAGUUCUUGUGGUGGAAAAGAGGCCCUACUAAAAGCUUCAGCAGGUUGUCAGCAAGUUGUUUUAGGUUAUCAUGUUCCUGUUGGCUCUCCUCGUUAUUCCUCCAGAUUCUGCAGAAACUCAACAUCAGAAGGUCUCCUUGGUCCGCAUGUAAAUGAAGUAACACUAUAGGACAUAAUGUUUAUCCCAAUAUUACUUAAACUCUGUGACACUGCAGCUUGGUGGAAUAUAUUAUUGUAGAUGUGGUGCAUGGAUAACUGCAGAAAAAGAACAAUAAACUUCAUCAAGCCA